AUGCAUUGGACACUGAUCCUCAUGAUACUCCGUAUUGGCUCCGCCACUGCCAUGGCUAUCGGUAGACAAGAUGGAGCUAUGGGCAAUGAUACACUCUCGAAGCUCGGCAACGGCAGCCCUCGCGACGUCGUUUACCACGAGCAGGUGACGGAUACCCUUCAAUGCGACCCAUUCAACGAAUGCUCCAUAGCCAAUGAAGAAGAGCAGACGAUCCAAGUCAGCUUUAGCGCGUCGAUCAUACCCGCGCAGAGGAUCGAUGCCGGCUUCAGCGUCGCCAAGAGCUGGUCCACCGGCGUUUCACACGAGUGCUCGGGCGGACCAGGUGACACCGUCUGCCUGUGGGCCCGCACACCGUAUGUCGAGUAUGAAGUGCACAACAUCGAAUACGAUACGUGCAGCGUUUUUGGGACCGACACCGAACGCUAUCGCAUCAAAAGUCCGAACAAGAACGAGGACGUUCGCCCGUAUUGCGUCGUGGGUAUUGAGUAUUGUAGGAAUAAGGGGGACAACUAUUGGCAAUUUGAUGGGCUGGAGGAGUAUCCGUAUUGGUAUCAUAAAGGAAGGUGA